AAGGCAUGCAUUUUUAAGUGAUUAUUUCUUGUGCUUUUCUCAGGUUACUCUUGCUUGGGGCAGUGGUGGGGGGAGAGCCAGGCCCGGGCCCCUGGAGAUGGCGGAGUCUGGAUCUUACCAGCUUUCAGUCUCUUAAAUCCGAGUGUCCCCUUUCCCCCCAGAACCCUCAGACAGCUCCGUUCCCCUGGCACCGUGGCCAAAUCACCCUCCGUUUAGGCCUGCUUGAUGUCAGCGAGCAGCCAUGAGUCUGAACCUGAGACCAGUGGGUCCUUACUCCAUAAGGCUGUGAAUCUAGAGAGAAACCUUCACAUAGGAAUUUUGGUGAAUUCCUCCAAAUUCAUUCCAUCUCUUGCAGAACAUGGCAGGGGACCAUGGUUUUCUCUAACAGCCGAGAGAGGGAGAAACAAACUCCCAGUGACUGAGAAGCCGCUCUGUGCCAGAUGCUGUUGUUAUCUAAUUUAAUCCUCACUGCCGCCUCUGUGAUGGUCGUCGCCUCCCCAUCUCACAGAUGGAAGGCUCAGAGAUGUUAGGUCCCUCUCCACGGCCACACAGCCAGCUAGUGAUGGAGGCAGGACCUGAAGCAAGGCCUGGCUGCCUCUAAAUACACUGUGCCACACUGCUGCUUCACGUGGCCAACUGGGAAGAUAUGAUUGUGCUGUUUUCCCCGAUAACAUCCUACAUGUAGGUGCAUGAUAUUCUACAAAACAUCUUCCCUUUCAUUUGCUCAAUUCAUUCCCCCAUUCGUUCUUUCAUUCAUUGUCUAUUGAACAUUCUCACGGGCUAGACCCUGCGCCGGGUGCUGGGGUACAGCUGUGAGCAAGUCAAAGGUGCCUGCCCUCAUGGAGCAUAUAAUCUAGAAUGGCACGGUCCAACAUGGUAGCCACUAGCCUCUUGAGUGGCUAAGGUGACCGAGGACCUGAAUUUUUCAUUUUAUUUAACUUUAAUUCAGAUUUACCUGGCACAUGUGUCCUGUCACUACCAUAUCGGACAGCACGGUAUUAAAACCAUUUGCUGGUUACUGUAUUCUGUGGCUUCACUAGGAGUUUAAACCUUCUAGCUUCAGUGUAGGAGCUGCAAAGACCUCUCUCCCUUUCUCUGUACCUGCCCAGCACAGAGAAGGCAGUGACCAGAGAGCCUUCCUGGUGGUUUGUAGGAAUGACACGGACACGGGCAUCAACACUGCACGUUUCUAGGUGGCUUCAUUCUGGAUCUGCACCCAGGCCCUGACCUGUGGGGACGUUGUUCUGAGGCCCAUUUGAUUUUCCCGGGCGUGUACACUGGGAGAUGUCCACAGAACUCAGCACAGUGGGGGUGGUCGUCAGAAGCUUGGUUGGGCUGAGGGAGAGCCCCCCAGAGGUCAUCUGCUCAACUCUCCCUUUGUACACAUGGGGAGGAGAUAGAAGUCCAGAAACCUGGGUGAUCUGUCACGACAGCCAAAGCUGGGCUGUACCAAUGGACACUCUCUGGUGUCAAGGACAUGAGUGGCGGGGUGGGUUUCCCCAGAGACGGUGAGGUGGUAUAAGGGGCGCGGGGCUCACCAGGUACUGCUCUACAAGGCAGGGAACAAGACUGGGGGCCAGCUCCACCGUACCCUGCUGCGUGACCUUAACCACCGCAGUCCUCAGCUUCUUGAUGGGCAAAACGAGGAAGCCAGAUCAUCUAGUGAUUGGAACUCCCUUCCUGAUUUGCCUUUAUGGUCUACAUGUUGUCAGAUCCUUAAAGCCGAGGAAACUGACUUUUAAGCAGCUUCUGAAUGGCAGGCUGUUCCUCAGACUCCACAUGUUUCGUGUUCUCUGUUUUAAGAUGGGAUGUCUGUGAGUGCAACCCCCUAAGGCGUCCUUGGAUUCUUUAGAUUGUGUUAAUCCUCUGGAUUUGCUGCCCGGGACCCUGGGAUUUGCAGGGGGAGGUGGCGUUGUUAUAGAGCGGGCCGUGUUUUCUGCCUGGGUUCUUGUCCAGCCAGGGGUGUUUGUGAGAACAUUGGAAUCACAAAGUGGCCCAUGGCGGAGAAUGCAGCCAGAACAAAGGCGCCCUCUCCCCGCCGGGGGCCGGGGGGAAUACUAACUAGUUGACAGGAAUUUUAAUAUAAAACUCUCCCUCUUCCUUGUCAUUCUGAGGUUUCAGGAAGCCUUCGGGCUUAUCGUGCAGAGGCACACAGCACAGACAGGGCUUGGGGAGGUGAGAGGUGAUUUCCUGCCAUUCUUCUGCGGGGCGGGCUUCCCAGGGCGGUCAUGCCAGGCUGACUGGGCGCAGUGUGGACUCCCACUGCUGGGGGGAGAGCUGGGAUUUCAUGGGGCGGCAGCUGAGACAGGACCCGCAGCCAUGAACCGGUUCAAUGGGCUCUGCAAGGUGUGCUCGGAGCGUCGCUACCGCCAGAUCACCAUCCCGAGGGGGAAGGACGGCUUUGGCUUCACCAUCUGCUGUGACUCUCCGGUUCGAGUCCAGGCUGUGGAUUCUGGGGGUCCGGCAGAGCGGGCAGGGCUGCAGCAGCUGGACACCGUGCUACAGCUGAACGAGAGGCCUGUGGAGCACUGGAAAUGCGUGGAGCUGGCGCAUGAGAUCCGGAGCUGCCCCAGUGAGAUCAUCCUGCUCGUGUGGCGCAUGGUCCCCCAGGUCAAGCCGGGGCCAGACGGCGGGGUCCUGCGGCGGGCCUCCUGCAAGUCGACGCACGACCUCCAGUCGCCCCCCAAUAAGCGGGAGAAGAACUGCACCCACGGGGCCCAGGCACGGCCUGAGCAGCGCCACAGCUGUCACCUGGUGUGUGACAGUUCAGACGGGCUACUACUCGGUGGCUGGGAACGCUACACAGAGGUGGCCAAGCGCGGGGGCCAGCACACCCUGCCUGCGCUGUCCCGUGCCACCGCCUCCACUGACCCCAACUACAUCAUCCUGGCCCCACUGAACCCUGGGAGCCAGCUGCUGCGGCCUCUGUACCAGGAGGAUGCCAUCCCUGAAGAAUCAGGUGGUCCCAGUAAAGGGAAGUCCUACACAGGCCUGGGGAAGAAGUCCCGGCUGAUGAAGACAGUGCAGACCAUGAAGGGCCAUGGGAACUACCAGAACUGCCCGGUCAUGAGGCCGCACACCCCACACUCAAGCUAUGGCACCUAUGUCACCCUGGCCCCCAAGGUCCUGGUGUUCCCGGUCUUUGUUCAGCCUUUAGAUCUCUGUAAUCCUGCCCGGACACUCCUGUUGUCUGAGGAGCUGCUGCUGUACGAGGGGAGGAACAAGGCUGUCGAGGUGACGCUAUUUGCCUACUCGGAUCUGCUGCUCUUCACCAAGGAAGAUGAGCCGGGCCGCUGCAACGUCCUGAGGAACCCCCUCUACCUCCAGAGUGUGAAGCUGCAGGAAGGUUCUUCAGAAGACCUGAAAUUCUGUGUGCUGUAUCUAGCAGAGAAGGCAGAGUGCUUAUUCACUUUGGAAGCGCACUCACAGGAGCAGAAGAAGCGAGUGUGCUGGUGCCUGUCGGAGAACAUCGCUAAGCAGCAACAGCUGGCGGCCUCGCCCCCGGAGAGCAAGAAACUCCACCCUUAUGGCUCUCUCCAGCAGGAGAUGGGGCCUGCCAACUCAACCAAUGCUACCCAGGAUAGAAGCUUUACCUCAUCAGGACAGACUCUGAUUGGCUGAGCAAACCCAAGGGCGGGACUCUGCUUCUGGCAACUUAACCCUUUCUUGGGCAUCCCCUACCACACAGUAACCUCACCUCAACUGGACCCAAAACGGAGGACCAAGAUGGUGGGCCUCAGGUCAUCUGAAGGGAGUGGCCCCACAGGUGUGUGUGGACUGGCAUCAGAAGGACCACAGUGGUAUGAGAGGCCCUGUGGGUACAUGCACACUGGCAUCAGAAGGUCCCAAAAGGAGAAGACUCAAACCUUUUCCCUACAAGGAAGAAGGAGAAGAAAUAGCAUCUGGGCUUCCUGCGGUUCCAGUGCCUGCCUUGGGGGCAACAGGAGAGAGGUUGGCAGAGGUCAGCCCUGAUGGAGAACAAUCUCAUCGUCCUCCACUGCCAGAAGAUAUCUCCACUCAUUCACUUAUUUUACAUCUGUACUCAUUCAUUCAUUUCUUAAUUCAGCGGAUAUUUUGGGGACAUCUACUUUAUGCCAGGCUCUGGGCUAGGAGCUGAGGGUUCUGUGGAGAAUGAGAUGGACAUAGUCUCUGCUUCUGUCAAGAUUUCAGUCCUGGUAGGGGAGCGAGCAUUAACUAGGUCAACACCAACACAUACACACAUGCACACACGUGAUUACAAACUGAUCAUCUACGAAGAAAAAGAUUCCUUUAAGAGAAAAUAUUAUUUAGGUUGCUGUGUGUGGGGGGUUGUUGGUGGGGGGCAGUGAAUAUAUCAUAACUUUUAGGUUGAGACCUGCAGGCCAGAAAGGGGUUAGCCAGUCAGACUUUGGAAAGAGUGUUCCAGCAAAUGGAAAAGCCUUUGGAGAGGAGAGAUGGGAAGGAGGUUGGUGUGCUGGGGCCAACAGAAGCCAGGCCAGUGUGGCUAGAGCGGAGUGAAGAGGCGGACCAGAUGAGUGAGUUCCAGAUCGUGUAGGGCCAUGGUGGUUAAUGUUUUAUGGAUUUCAUUCUAGAUACAGUGGGAAGCCACUGAAGGCUUUGAGAAAGGGAGUCAGUCUCAGGGACAUUUCUAGAAGAUCAGAGGGCCCAAGGAGGCAUCCAAGUGGGUAGGAAGAGAUGAGUUAGGGGGUCCCUUCAGUCUUCCAGGGGCUUGGUGGCCUAUUCUAGGUAGGACCUAGGACCCUUCUGAGGGGCAAUGGUUGCCUGUCCUAGGUAGUGGUUGGGGAGGUAGGUAUGUGAAUUUCCAGACCCUUGGAUAUGGUGGAGGCUCUGGGAUAAGAAGAGAGAAUUCCCUGCCCCCCACCUCCCCUUGUUCUCCUCUACUUUGUCUUGUUCUCUCGGUGACCUACUAGGACCUACUAAGGGACAGUGAUUAGAGCCCUGCCGCUCACUGCCUGGAGCCCAGGGUUGGACAGCUCUCAUACCAUUCUCUAACUGUCAAGACCUAGAGGGAGGGAAGCCCAAGGUCACGGGUCUGAGUGACAUAGCUCGUACACAAAAGGUAUGUGUAGGACCAGAGUCACUUGCAUAGAAAAAGGGGGUCAAAGAGGCUAGAGAGAUGGCUCAGACCAGAGAAGCCCCUGGACCUUGGGUGGUCUCUGCAUUGUGUCCUAGAAGACCGUCUCAGUGUCUUUAGAGAGGGCUCUUAUGCCUGGUGAGGUUGCUCAGCUGCUGUGGCCACUUGAACUCCAAGAAGCAUGGCCCAGAAGAGACUAUGUCCAUCACCUUCCAUUUAGGCAAGAUCAGACAUCCCCUGAACAGGGGAUGGGAUGUAUCUGCCAGCGACCAGGCUGAUGCCCCCACCCCGCAGGGGAAUAGGCUGGGGCUGCAGUGGGGCAACUGAUACACAGCAUCUGUCAGCCAGGACUCAGCCCGCAGGGUUAAUUCUGAGAGGCGGAGCGGCUGCGUCUGCACAGACAGCAAGCUGCACUUUGAUUUCAUUUGAUUCCCUUAUAAAAUGACAUUAAGGGGAAUGUGAGGCCCAGGAGAAUCGCCUGUCUGGGAAGGCAGCGACCUUGACUCUCCCAGACCUGGUGACCUACCUCUGUCCACCAGACAGGUGCAGAGGACGGGAACCCUGGCCAUUCUCUGAAAUGGAGAACGAGAACAUAACACCGAGCCCUGGGCACAGGGCUUUCCUCCCAUCCGGUCCUGACAAGCUGCUGACUUGGGGUCCUAGGCCUAGCCACUUCCAGGGGGAGCAGACGUCAGCUCCUGGAGGGCCUGGGCCAGUCUUCCCGGUGACUGUGGUGAGCCCCAGCGCCACUGCUGCUCUGCCUCUCAAAUCGAUAAGACAAUUCAUUUGGCUUCAUGGGCUGGAGAAGAUGAAACAUGACCGGGUGGCCACUGCUCUUCGGCAUCCCGGUCCGUCCCAGCCAUCCAGGAUGAUGAACAUGCUAUCGAAAGUGCAUCUGAGAGUCAUAAUCACGGGAAACAUGGCUGGGCCCCGCCCUCCACAUAAAUCAUGCUGAGAAGCCUACACAAUGGCCUCUUUCCUGAUGGUCCAAUUGUCUUCGUUUGGUGUCUGGGGCUUGGGAGCCGGGAGGAUGGGAGCACAACCAUUUAUUGUUGAAAAGGCCAUCUGUGAGAUUUGAAUACAAAGUGAUCCCUUAAGUUUCCUUCACA